GGAUAUUGGACUUCUAGACGUUUUUCAAAAGACUAGCUACUGUAUCCAUUUAGUGCUCAUGGUUGAAAACAGAAGCGUCUUUAAUCAGUCUACUGGACAUCAAAACGUUGUUAGCAACGUUGAUAGUUCAUUUUACACUAGUAGUCUAAAGGAUACUGUAUUCAGUUUCAUGGCAGAACUGAAACCAAUCAAUCAAGCGACAUGUUAUGGUUCAAAUAGCAUUCCAGCCAAGUUGGCCCGUACAUCAGAAAAGAGAAAAGGAAUCGACCUUUUCUCAGAUGAUGCAAUACCUCAAAAAUACUAUUUUUGUGAAGCUGCUAUGGCAAAUCAUUUUGCGCAAAUGAAUUUAACCCUACCAGUUAAUGCAACCAAAAUUACGCAUAAUAAUAAUAAUAUACCUCCAGUCAGUGUUUCUUCUAGUUCCCCAUUUGAUGCAAUUCAGAUCACUGCAGCUCAGGACAUUUAUCAAAACUUGUCACUUUGUACCAAUAGAAAAGCAAAUACUGAGAACGUUAGUGAAGGUGAAGAUGAAAGUGACGAGGAUGGGCACGACAACGGAUCACUUUUACGAUUUUCUGAAGAUUUAAAAGAUCAUUUAAGGUGUAGUCGGAUCAAUCCAACGGAUGCGUUUUUGAAAGGAUUGUAAGUCAAGUCAUUUGUUUUGCAGAAUUACUUCAUGUUCUGAAUUUUUUGUUUUUGUGAUCUUUUGUUCAUCAUAAAGGGAUUUUUCACUGUUCUACCUAUUUAUUCUUCGUAUGCUGCUGUGAAGUGUCGUAGCUUGAACUGUUGCAAUUCUAUACGAGACUGUAUGUCGAUUUUGCCUGUCUAUCUGCAUACUUUUAUGAUCCAUCAUAAAUUAUACUACUUACCUUCCUCUCAAAGCUUCCUUAGUACCGGUAUCGUUAUUUUAAAUUGUUUAUUGUUUGUUUUAUUUAUCUGUUUUUAUUACUGAAGAUAUGUUAAACGUAGCGACCUAAAGUAAUAUGCUGUUUUGCCUGACUCAGCUCGAUUCUUUUAUCUUAACAUAUAGUUUAAAAUGCCAUAUAUUUUUGAUUGAAAGAUCUUUUAUUAAAGACGUAAACGGAAUUCACAACAACCAGUCAAAGUAAAAAAGAUUCAUAUUGAUGCUAUUCUCUUUCUAUACUCGGUGAGGAAAAAUAUAGUGUACUACAACCAAUUUCAGGUUCACUAGUUCGAAUAAUUAUAAUAUAUUUUCUCUUUUCAUGUGCAUAAUGCAAAAUUCACAAUACUUACCAUAAACAUGUUUCUUACAUUCUCUAUGUCUUCACCUAUAAAAUUGUACCAACCAAUGGGGGGCUGUGUCUCAUUGGUCUAGGCAGACGAUUUCACGGAUUCGAACUCUGCUCCAUCUACUGACAUCUCGAUAACCAGGUAGUAUCACCACUACUUAUACAAUUGAUGUGAUUCAUUGCCUACUGCAUGAACGCGCACGUACAUGUUGAGUGCAUUUCGAUUCGUUUCGGUCUCGCCUAUCGAUCGUUGAAUAAAAUGUAGGUAGUUUACUUAUGAUAACAGAAUUUAAUUUUCGUAUACGGACUUUUCUUUACCAAUUUAGGAGUAAUCUGCCGAAAAGAUGAUGGAGAAGUCAUUUUAUGCAGAAAAGACAGAAAAACGUCUUUAUUUAUUGAUUUUAGGAAUCAGCCUGGUGCUUUUUUUAAUCAUGCUUGUCUAUCUGAACUAUUUACCUGCCUUAUACAAAGCCUACUGAUCAUCUUUUCAUUGGGCAUAUUUAAAAAUAUAUUCACCGACACUUUUCAUGUUAUUCAUCGACUAGAUUUUUUCUACGAACACAUUUAGGUUGUCAUCUGAACCGUCACUUGCUAUAGUGCCUUUCGAUCCAGAUCGUUUCAAGAGUUUACUCCCUUCCGAUUCUACAAAUCAGUCAUCUCAAGAAAACUCUGAGAUUUCAGUACUACCAAGCGGUCAACUAAUUUAUUCCCCUGAUAUCUUCUCCUCUUCCACUUCCGCAAUAGACCAUCCUGUAUUCAUGGAAAUUGAUUCAGAAUUCCCAGGAUAAAAAUGAAACCUAGUUUCUAAAUGAAUGAUGAAGAACUUACAAUUGUACAUUAUUACCAUACCACUGGUUUACCUUAAAGGAAUAUGGCGUUAGAUGUGAAAUUUUCACUGCAUAUAAAUAAUAAUUUUUACUUGUAUAUAUACGUAAGUCAAAUUUUCGAAAGAUCUUAACUCAUAUAUAUUUGUCAAACCUAUUAACAAUCCAUACAAGUGAUUAGGUUAGGCGGUGAUUAUGCUAAAGUAUAACGCAAGUAUUAAUGCAUAACUUUCUUCACUGAUUGAUAUCAGCUAUGCGUUGUAGCUAGUGUCAUUGCAUUUCCAGUGUUUUGUGAUAAACCUUGGAUUACAUCAUGUUUUUAAGUAGUUUACAUUGAUGAAAACAAUCAUCAUAAUUGGUGGAUUAUCUGUUUAGUGGAGCUCUAUGACUCACUGGUCUAGGCAGUUGACUUUCAAUCAGUAGGUUAUGGGUUUGAAUACCACUCCACCUACUGAGGUUUAAGCAACCAGGUAGUAUUAUUAUCCCUCAUACAAUAGGUGUGGCUCAUCCAUCGCCUACUGAACGAAUGUGGACAAGGUUGCUGAGUACAUUUCUGCUUUUUCGAUUAUCUGUUCGAACAAAGUAGCAAAAAGUAUGAAUUAUGUUCAUUGGUAAGAGACUUUUAGCACUCUUCAGCAAUGGCGUUUCCUUUAACCUCAAUGGGAUUGAUGUCCUCUGAGAGAUUCGAACCUGCGUCACCUAGUGAUUAUUUGGGUCGUGACUGACAUUUUCAAUGAGACAUCCAUAUUGAUCAACUAUCCGAGUGAGGGUAGGUCAAUCAAUUAAUAAGUAUCAUCAGUAUCAAUUUCAAAAAAAUCCUCAUUCACAGCAUUCGCAAACAGAUUUUUGUAACUAAAUCUUAUUAUUUAAAUGAGCAUCAAAGGAGAUGUGUCGUUAUAUGCACACAGACUAUUAAUUUCAUUAUAAAGGUAUGUAUAUUACAUUGAUGAGAGUCAAUUGACAGAAAACGCUGUUUUACACAUACUUCAUGCUAUUCGGCGUUCACCAAUAUUAAAUGUCUGAGACUUUAAGGAAAUUUGUUUCCACUUGGAAGUUGGAACCUGCAUCCGCGCACUUAGUGGGGUUGUGUCUAGUCCAUACAACCCUAGAAUUGACCACUUGUUGAUAUGUUCAAAAACGGGUUACUGCAUAGUAACCGAUAUAACUGCAAACUUGUAAGUGCUAAUUGAAGUUUAUCGAUUUAAUUUGUUGUCACCACAAUGAAUUACAUGACAUUACUGUUAGCUAUGUUCCGUGUUACUUCUAACUGGAGCCCAAAUACACACUUUUUGAUGUUUCGUGUUUUGGAUAGAACGAAAAAACCUAAUAGCAAUUUCAUUGAUAGCUACUUCCUGAUAACUAUGGUCGCUGUGAAAGCUACAGAGAGGUUCUCACUCGAAGAAAUAUCUUAGGCAUUGUAUAACCCAAAGAGUUAAUAGUUCCUAGGAAACUACUCAUAUUGUUAACUAGCUUUUGGUAGCUAGAUUGUAGUUAACAGUGAAUGACAACUUUAUCAAUUUCUACUUAGCAUUUGAGCGAUGUACUGAUAUAUUGAUUCCAACCACGGAACCGAACUGUUCACAACACAGUCAUAUGAUAUUCACUUUGCUUUGAUCUAGCUAGGCAGCACUAUUUAUUUAUAAGUGAUUUACAACUGCUCAAGGAGGCUAGUUGGAUUUGUCAUGAUGUGUGAUACACUGCCAAAAGUGUAUCCAUUUCUUUGACUCCUAUUGUAUUUCUCGCUUUGUUUUUUUACAUUACAGUAUAACAUGUUGUUGGCUGGCUAACUUCAUCGAGAUACCAAUCCUAUAGAGUACUUGAGCGUACCGUAAAACAAAUUGGCUUCAACAAGUGCCUCCGUUACUGUCUUACUUACUCAUAUAACAGACUCUUUACAGUAUCCAGUAUAUUUUAUAUUUUUUUCAUUUUCUCCAUAUUAGCACAUUGGAUGUUUUUGUAUUUUCUUGAAAGGUCAAGAGAACGUGUCUAUUUAACAUACAAAGUUUGUCUACAGUAAUUAUUUCUGCUUUUUUCUUCAGUUAUUCUGAUUUGGAAUUUCUGAAGGUUUUCUGAAUAAAACCAUUUGUGCAUAACAACUGGGAGUUCAGAUUUAUUCGAUCAUAUUUUUCCAGGAAACACUGAAUGCUAAGAAGAUUCGGUGAAACUGUUUUUAUAAAUAUACUCAUUGAAUCAGUUC